AUGCACCAGCAAGCGCAGCACCUAAAAGUGCAGUCGUUGCCAAGGCUGGAAGAGGACUGGCUCCAGAUCAACAACAUACGGACUGAAACCAGCCACACCAAUUGGGUCCAGAGGGCAUGCAAGGAAAGCUUAUGUUGGAGCUGUCAACACCGCGCCACCAGCAACGGUCCUGCCCCAAUCGAAGAAGAACAAAUGUCAUUGGGAACUCAACUCCUGCUUACCACAAUGGCCAGCAGCACGAGCUCCACUGGGGAUGACCCGAGUAUGAAUGUGAUUGAUGGUGGCCGGAAUAUUGCGGUGCUCCCGCAUACUGGGUCUGCUCUAAUGAUACCAAGGCGAAGAAGAGACGCGCAACAUGAGGCACAAAAAACGAUAGACCUGCAGACCGUAUCUAGAACCACGCUGAAAUUGGAUAGUGCACUAAGUUGCACUAAUGGUCGAGCUGAACGUAGCCGGCCCGUAGCCGGCCCGUCGUCGAAUACUGACGAGUGGACGUACUCAGCCAAAUGGAGUGUGUAA